AUGUUCUCAACAUUGAGAUCCAUCUCCCGUUUAAAACCUCGAUCCCCAAUCCUAUCGCCCUCUUUAAUCAAACCAAAACCUUCUUUCCGCCGCUUAUCAACCCCACCACCAUCACCUCCCCCACCAUCACGUGCAGACCGCAUAAUCUCAAAACUCCCCAAAUACCUCCACCCCUACACCCGCCCCCUCCUCUCCCACCCAGCCUCCCACCUAACCUCAUUCCUAAUCCUCCACGAACUAACCGCCAUCAUCCCUCUGUUCACCUUAUUCACCUUCUUCAACCUAACAUCCUGGAACCCAGCCGACCUACUCCCCGCAGAAUGGAUAGAAACGGGGUAUACCCGAUUUAAAAGGUAUAUAGAAAAGAAAGGGUUGGAGAAAUGGAUCGAUGGGAGGGGGGUUAUGGGUUUAGCGAUAGCUUGGGCGGUGGUGAAGGCUUUGAUGCCGAUAAGGGUUUUGGGAAGCGUUUGGGCGGCGCCGUGGUUUGCUAGGAAGGUUGUGAUACCUGUUGUAGGGUUGGUUAGGAGGAGGUAG